UUUUCAUCACAGGACGUUUUUCAAUUCCAUUUUACAGGAUGCUCUGGAUAAACAAAAAGGGGAGGACAUUUUUAUUUGUUAAGGAAGAUUUCUAAGCUCAAACAGUUCUAAUGGCAACGUUGAAACAAUAUUAGCUCAGACAGUGGCUGCUGAUGUUCUUCGUGUUUCACUGUUGCAGUCAUCAACUGUACUUUUCAUGAGGCCCAGCCCUCUUAGCCAGCCCUCAUCAUUACAGCAGGAAAGCUUAAAGCUGUGAAAAGUCUUUUCAGUCUGAUGGAGGCCGUCCUGGCAAAUGGGUAAUACAUAGGAAUCACUGGAUAUUUUAAGGCACCUUAUGCAGAUUUAUGAGGUGGAAUUAAUUAAAUAAAAAUGUGCUGCUGAAAAGUUACCGUAUACCUUAAAUUUGCAAGCUUUAAAAAGGCUGAACCUCGAGCGCCCUCUGGUGAUUAAAACUUUGAAGUGCAAGAAACAUUCAAUGCCUCCUUGACAGGACUACUAUGGUAAACAGAAUCGGGUAAGUGAAAGUAACCAGAAAAAAGCUGGAACAUCUCUGCAACCAACCAGUGAGAAAAGGGCAUCAGUAGAAUCAUCCCACUUGUCUAAACAUUACCUCUUUUUUCACUUGAAGUCUUCACUGGCAUGAAGAGUGCCAUAUUCCAAGUAUACAGUAUGAAGCAAUGUGGUUGCUAAUGACGACAUCUGAAUCCUUGAGGUCGUAUAAGCCCAAGAAUCCAUAACCAAUAAUUAAGAAAAAAACAUGAUGUUUACAGAAGAACCGGCUGCUAGGCUGAUCCGAAUCUUCAGGGAAUAUCAUAAUAAUGAAAUAAUUUCUCUUCACUAUAACUAUACAGGCAAACUAGAGCACACCAACAAAUAUAAAGGUGGCCUCAAGGCAGAUGCAAUUGUAUUUUUGGUGAUCUGCAUUUUUAUUGUGAUUGAGAAUCUUAUUGUACUCAUUGCAAUAUGGAGAAACAAAAAAUUCCAUGCUCCUAUGUACUAUCUGCUGGGAAAUCUUACCAUGUCUGACUUGUUGGCAGGGAUUGCUUACACUAUUAAUAUCAUCAUGUCUGGUCCCAAGACUCUUCAACUGACACCAGUGUCUUGGUUUAUUAGAGAAGGAGGUGUCUUUAUAACGUUGACAGCAUCUGUCCUAAGCUUGCUAGCCAUUGGGAUCGAGAGGCACAUCACCAUGAUCAGAAUGAAACUGUACCACGGGGACAAAAAGGGGAGGAUGUUUCUACUUGUUGCUGCAAGCUGGCUGGUCUCCGUCUUCCUUGGAAUUUUGCCAAUCAUUGGCUGGAACUGUAUCCAGAAUCUGGAAGAAUGUUCCACUAUUUUACCCCUGUACUCAAAAAACUAUAUCCUAUUUUGCAUCACAGUUUUUAUCCUUAUCUUGGCUUCCAUCGUGGUGCUAUACAUCAGGAUUUACCGUAUUGUAAAGUCGAACAGUCAGAAACUAGGAAGCCUGAGAAAAGGAAUGCUGAAGAAGUCCCAGAAAUACAUGGCUCUUUUAAAGACUGUAACGAUUGUAGUUGGAACGUUCCUGCUGUGCUGGCUGCCUCUGUUUUGCCUGCUCCUAGCAGAUGUGGCCUGUAAAGCAAAAGACUGCCAAAUUCUUUACAAAGCAGACUAUUUCCUGGGACUCGCUAUGAUCAAUUCAUUGCUCAACCCAAUCAUUUACACCCUAACCAAUCGGGACAUGAGGCGGGCGAUAAUUAAACUGCUCUGCUGCAGCUGUUUGACAGCAGAAGACAGGCAGAUUACACGUUUUGGGAUCCCGAUCCUAGAAUGUAGCACAAGCAAAUCAGAAAAGUCUUCCCAUAAACAUGACUGUAUUGAUACCACCCUAUCCACAGGAAAUGCUACACCAACGCCAAUCAAAAUCUUGCCACCAGUGCUCACAGAGUAUUAAUUAUGCAUGUAACAUCAGUUAUGCAUGUAACAUCAGUUAAGCACAGAGUACUGGUCAAACAUCAAAGUAUCUCAGGGCAGGGGUCCGCAAAGUACGUUGCAGCACUGAGACCACUUGCCCUUCUGUUGGUUGACUUUAGCAAGCCCAGAUCAUCAUCACAGCAUUUUCAAGUAUGUUUCAUAAGCCUGAAGUUUUAAGUGACAAGUUAAUAUCACAGACCUGUUGGACAAGAAGCAGACAACCACAACACAAUAGGUGUUUUUUUGUUCAGCAAUUCAAGUCUUAGUGCCAGUCUCUACCUGUGUAAAGCCACGCCCGACCUGUGUGAAACUUCUUGUUCCAAUGCUGUCUGUAUCAUAUUUAUACAACUAUAUGUGUUUUGAAUCAUACCUCUCAACUGUACAGAUUUUUGCCAUAUAUUUUUGGUCCGUUUUUCAUAAACUUGUGUUUUUUGU